UUGACAGUUAAUAUUAGUAGUCAAAAACAUUCUUGAUCUUCGAUUGUAAUCCCUGGAUUGUUGAUUUCUUUAUAUUGAAAUUUCUUAAUUAAAUUGAUUAAAUCACUGAUUUUAAGGACUAUUUAAGUAGAUAUGCCUCGAGGAAAAUAUGUUAAUCAUAAAGGCCGAAACAGGCACUUUACAUCACCUGAAGAAUUGGAGCAGGAACGUAAGAAGGAGGAGAUGAAAAAAUGGCGUAAAAAGAGGGAUCAAGAAGAAGACGGUGAUUCGUCUGAAGGAAGUGAUGAUGGAUCUGAUGAAUCUGAUAAUGAGGGAAGUGACGAAACUUCAGAGUCUGAAGAUGAAGGCAAGAAAAAGGGUGUUCAUAAUCUAAUUGAAAUUGAAAAUCCAAAUCGAGUCCAAAAGAAACAGACGACAAAGCUUAAAGAUUUAGACCAACAAGUAGCAGCAGCUGGAUCAUCUUCAAGCAGUAAGGCACCGGUAGCAACAGCUCCAGCUGCUAAUGCAUCACCGCCAGAAUUGUCUCGACGUGAACGAGAAGAGCUUGAAAAGCAACAGAAGCAAGCCAACUAUCAAAAGCUACAUGCACAGGGAAAAACGGAACAAGCUCGUGCUGACUUGGCUCGAUUAGCUAUAAUCAGGCAACAGAGAGAGGAAGCAGCCAAGAUGCGUGAACAGAAGCGAAAAGAGGUUGAUGCAAAAGGCAAAGGAACUGGAAAAUAAUGAUAAAUCAUCAUCUCUAUAUCCUAUAAUAUAAUUUUUUUAUUGCAAU